AUGGCGGAAUGGUUUGGCAGCUUCGGCGCUGUGACGAAGGGGGUGAUGAAGUUUGGGAUAUCGUGGCCGUUUACGUUUCAUUGUUGGAAUGGGCUGAGGCAUUUGCUUUGGGAUACGGGGAGGGAACUUGGUAACAGGCAGGUGCAGGUUACGGGGUGGAUUGUGGUGGCGUUAUCGGUGGUGAGUAGCACUGUGUUGGCUUUUGUGGGUAUGGGAGAUGGCAAGAGCAAGGGAAAGGGAGUGGGUGAGGAGAGCUGGAAGGGCGAAUUCAAGAACUGGAAGGGUUAA